AUGUUGAUGCCCUCGCUUGUUGCUGUUCUGGCCAGUGGCCUCGUCCUCGAGACGUUGGCAAGUCCCAUCUCCCACUCUGUCGGAACCAAGCGAGAGAUUCCCGCAUCGCACAGCUUGCACGAGCGCCAUUUGCCUCAAUGGGGGCAUCAAUGGACGAAGAAGUCCAAGGUUCCGAGCAGUCAGGUCUUCCCGAUGAGAAUUGGCUUGAAGCAGCACAACCUUGAAGCUGGUCACAACAGAUUGAUGGAGAUCUCAACUCCAGGAUCUGCAAAUUAUGGCAACCACAUGACUCCGGAAGAAGUCAUUGAAUUCUUCGCCCCUCGCCAGUCUUCGACUGAUGCAGUCAUGGAUUGGCUUGUUUCAUCUGGCAUCAGUGCUGACCGAUGUGCACCAUCAGUCAACAAACAAUGGAUUCAAUUCGACGCAACCGCCGAAGAGGCCAACAACCUGCUGUUCGCCGACUUCUACCUCUGGGAGCAUUCUUCUGGUGUGCACGAUGUGUCAACUGAGGAAUACCACCUUCCUUCUCACAUUCAGGAACAUGUUGAUUACAUUACUCCUGGUACCAGACUCCGCCACAGAAAUGCCAAGAUUAGCUCAGGUGAUGAGCUGACCAAGCGAUUCUCGAGCACUUUGAGUUCUGGAAAGGCCAAGCCAUUCAUCACCAAACUUCCCGGUUUCCCUCAGACGAAUGCUACCAACUGUGACAUUUAUGUUACAGCUGAUUGCACGAGAGUUCAAUAUGACAUCCCGAAAGCCAGCAAGUCGGCCCCUGGGAACAAACUCGGCAUCUACGAGAGUCUCGAUGUUCAUUAUAGCAGAGCCGAUCUUGAUGUUUACUACAGCCACCUUUACCCUAACAUUCCCAACGGCACAUACCCGGAGGAACGUCUGAUUGACGGUGCCAUUGGAGCAACAGAAGACACACCACUCUUUGUGACUACCGACGCACUUGAAGCAGCGCUUGACUUUGAUGCAGCUCAACCACUCAUUUAUCCCCAGGGUCUUGUCUUGUUCCAAGAAGAUGAUGAGUAUUAUGAGUUCAAUGGAGGUUACAAUGGUUUCUGGAACAACUUCCUCGAUGCUAUUGAUGGCAGCUACUGUACCUACAGCGCUUUUGGCGAGACCGGAAACUGCAAAGUAAAGGAAUGCCUCGACCCAGUCUACCCCGACCCUAGCCCAGGCGGCUACAAGGGACAACUUCAAUGCGGCGUCUACAAGCCCACUAAUGUAAUCUCCAUCUCUUACGGCGGAAGCGAGGCCUCCUUUCCCGACUACUACAUCAAGCGUCAAUGCAACGAAUGGAUGAAACUCGCCCUCCAAGGCGUCACCAUCGUCAUGUCCUCAGGCGACUCCGGCGUUGGUGGUGAAACCUGCAACGGCGCCUCCGGCAAGAUCCUCGACCCGGAUUACGCCUCUUCAUGUCCGUACGUCCUCUCCGUCGGCAGCACAGAAUGGGAUCGCUUUUCUCCAUCUACCGUCCCUGUCGCUGGUCAGAAACUCAAGGAGGUUGCUACGGCGAGAUUCCCGAGCGGUGGGGGAUUUUCGAAUGUUUUUGGGAUUCCGAGUUAUCAGCGCGAUGCCGUGGAUGCGUAUUUUGACCAGGUGGAGGAUACUCUGGGCUUCAAGGGAUAUCAUCAUUAUGUCCAGAAUGGCGAUUUCAGUAGUGUGACUGGUGGGAUCUAUCAUCAUGGUGGGCGUGCGUAUCCCGAUGUUGGUGCUGUUGGUGAUAGACAGGUUGUGUAUAAUAAUGGGUCGUGGUGGUUGGUGGGAGGGACUUCGCUGUCCGCGCCUGUUUGGGGUGCGGUUCUCAACUUGGUCAAUGAGGAGAGAAUUGCGGCAGGGAAGAGCACUGUUGGGUUUAUUCACCCGGUUUUGGUAAGUCUCCUCUUGUUCCAACAGAAGUGA